UCCUCCUCACACACCGCCGAGGAUCUGUGUGAUACAUUGGACUCAUUUACCCUUUUUUUAUUUAUUAUUUAUUGAACCGUCAUGUUGUGUAUUUGACGCCGAGGCUCGGGGUCAUUCAGUUGAACGUGUAGGUUCCCGCCUGUGGAGAAGCUCAGAUGGGGGAAGUGAGGAAACUGCAGAAGAAGUUGAGACAGAUUGAGAAUCUGGAAAUAAAGAUCAGUCUCAGCCCAGAGGAGAAAAUCAAGAUCUCCAGGAGGGCGGAGCUGCGUUCCAGAUUGGCUGAGCUUCAGCUGCAGCUUUCUGGCCCGCAGCAAACUCCGGGGACCGUGGGAGACGGCAAAAAGGAGAAGAUGAAAAGACAAGUGGAGGAUGCUCCUGGGGCCCUUCCAUCACAGACGCCUCCAGCCUCCAAGGUGCCGAAGGGAGAAGAGCGGUCCAGAGCUCAGACGACGCCAUCACCUGCUGCCAGGCAAGGGGCGGAGACGGGCAGAGGACGGGAGAAGCCGGCGCCGGCCGAGGUGUCGGGAGGCGGACCGGACUCCGACCAGGAGCAGCAGCGGCGGCGGGAAGAAGCGGAAUUCGCGUCCCUCAAAGCCUCCUGGGAGAAGUCCAGGUUCCGCCUGAGGCUGCUGGAGGGUCACAACGACAUCGUCACCUGCGUGGCUGCCGUGGACAACCUGGUGGUUUCUGGAAGCCGAGACACCACGGUGAAGGUGUGGCACGUUCCCACGGCAACAGAGCAGAAGAACCUGGGGGGCCACAGUGGUGGGGUUACCUGUCUGUCUGCGCCUCCCCCUGAAUACUGCAAGAGGCUGGCCAGGUCCCUGGAUUUGUCCGACAAGGAGAGGUUUAUUUUGAGUGGCUCGGCAGACGGCUACGUGAAGAUCUGGGCCCUGAACAUCGGCCAGUGUGUGAAGUCUAUCUACACAUUCAACGCUGUGACGGCGCUCUGCUUCGUGCCAGAGGGAGACGGCUACAUCAUCACCGGAUCAGACGGGGGGAAAGUUCAGGCCUGGAGCUGGCACACUUUCGAAAACUGCCAGUCAAUCAACGCUCACCGGGAAGCAGUCACCUCCAUCCAGUCUCAGGGUCCGCUGGCGUUCAGCGGCUCGGCGGAGGGAGGGGUGUCUGUGUGGGAGAACCAGUGUUCGGAUCGAGACCCCCUGAGGCUGCUGCACCACUGGAGCGGCCAGGUGACGGGCUGUGGGGGGGGGCCGGGUGGGCGUCUGACCCUCAGCCCGCGGGGGGACAGAGUGUUCCUGGCUUAUGGUCAAGCCUGGCUCAAGAUCCUGCACUGGAGGACUGGAACAACAUCCAGACUGACCAAUCACAGCAGCAUCGCCGGGGUAACAGAUUGUGUCCACCAGCCAGGAGGCCUCCUAAUUGGCUCCUGCUAUGAUCUGGCAAAUGGAGAGAGCGGUCUGAAUCUGUUCUCUCUGCCUCAGUGUCGCUACCUGGCCUCUCUGACCUGGCCCGACGCUCCCAGAAUUCUCUGCUUCGCGGCGUGGGCCACGGGGAGCGGAGACCACCGCUGGGUCACGGGAGGUCGCGCCCUCAUCGUUUGGGAGCAGCUCCCCAGCUCCGGGAAACAAAGGGGUGACGUCACGGUGAAGAGCGACAGUCGUUUGGUCUCGUGCACGCUGGAGUCAGAAGACGAAACAGAAGAUGAUGAGGAGACCGAUGAUUACGAAGACGACGAUGAUGAUGUUGAUGUCGACGACGGAGGGGCAGACGAAGGUGCGGAGGCGGGGGGGCUCGGUGCCUGGCUGCGCUGUGUCCUCCACUCCAUCUCUCCUGUCGCACGACUGACUGCCCUCGUCUCCCUCCUCCUGAUUGCCCUGGUGACGCCGCCCUCCACCUGUAACCGGGACGACGCCGAGGGCGAGGAGCAGGUGGACGCCCUGCCGGUCCAGCUGUCCGUCACGGCCCAGGUGACCCCCACGCCUCUGUGGGCGGUGGUCUGGGGUCCCACCCAGCAGCUGGAGGACGAGACCUACCACUUCCUGUCGGGCCAGGACACCGACCCCCUGCACCGCCACGGGAGCCAGCAGGAGGCCGGCGCCGCCACGUCCCAGGACUGGCCUCAUCCCGGUGGCAGCGUGCAGCCCCGGGAGGAGACACCGCUGGAGUCCAGGGAGAAGGAGGAGGGAGUGGAGGACGGAGGGACGGAGGCGGAGGAGACGGAGCCUGAGGAAGUGGACCCUCAGUUCUACGUCACCGUGACCAUCUCUUCGCUGCUCAUGCUGACGGCUGUCGUCAUUGUAGCCAAACUCUGUUAUGAUCGCAGUUGUUCCCAGCAUCCACCCCCGCUCUCUCGUGGCGUGGCGCCCCCCCUCACGCUCGCCCUCCCUCGCUCCCUCGCUUCAGAGGACAGCCGGCAGACGUUGCACAGCGCCUCCUCCUCCUUCACCGACAGGGAGAGGAUCCCAGUCGUGAACCUCUGAGGUGACUGUUUUUCCAUAUGGUAAACAUUCCUACCGGGCCCGAGGAGGAGCAUCAACACGGCCAGAGGACGUGCCCGCAGUGCUGUUUUUAUUUUUCUCUCAAAACUGUGAAAUGAAUUCAGGGAUCCCAGGUGUGCAGCCAUGACAAAACUCCUCGGCUUCCCUGAGGUCUGAAAACCCCAAACCCAUCUUCCUGCUCGUCCUUCCUGCUGUACUUCCUUCCUAUUCCCUUUGUUGGGUCUGAAUUCCUGUCCCUGUCUCUGCGUCACUGUCACCUGCUCUGUUUUACAUCCUCGGAAUGGCCUGGAGCUCCCCGAAGCUUCCCCACCGCUCUGUGCAUCGACCUGCCAUGACUAAUUCACAAACAAGCCGUUUAACAGCCGUCGCAGCAUCCCAUUACCCCCGAGAUGCCCGACCUGUGCUUCCACAACUGUUUCCACUGAUUCAGCCGCACACAGACGACGUUAAAUCUCGACCAGGAGACUGUUCCUUUGUGAAGUGACACUCAAAUUCAGCGCAGUUUAUAGCAGGGGCUUGUAUCUGGCUUACAAAUGGUAAAAAAAAAAUAAAAAGCCAUUCAGAGCAUCUCCAAACACAGAACGAGGUAUUUCUACAAAGCUGUUUGGCACGGCUGUAGCCAACAGGCAAUGCGUUUAACAUGUCACGCUCCAAAAACUGCUGUUUAUUCCCCCGCUUCAGGCGCCUGGAAUGCAAAUAGUGUAGAAGAGUCUGUUUUGUCUCCGUUUUUCCUCAUGAUUUGUUCUCUUAAUUAUCUGGCUGACGUGCACCUCUUUGUGGAGCCUUCUGCGAGCGCCCUUUUGUUCCCUCUGGACCGUGGAGAGGUGUGUUCUGGGCGUAAAAGUACUUCCACUGGCAGAGAUCAAAUAUCAAAAAAUGGGAACGGAGAGAAGAUUCAUUCCCUGCUGAUAAUCAAUGAGUCCCAAAGGUUCCUGUAUGGUGCGCAGCAAAGACAGAUUGACGUCUUUAUAGAAAAGAGAACUCAAAGGACUGAUGUUGCCACAGCGAGGAUUUCUCCCCCCCCACCUCCCACACCUGACAGCCAAGAAUCCCAAAUCUGGAAAAGCCAAACCGCCGUCAUUUCCUGAUCAAGUUACUGUAUUUACGCCGUCUUGGCGGCACCGGGGGGAAAGUGGAUCAAGCAGCAUCGUUUCUGUCUCUCCAGUGAAUCUGCAUGUACACAGUUAGGACAUCUGUGAGAGCUCCUUCAAAUCUAUUAUUUAUAAAUGUCUAUUUUAUCUAUCAGUGAAGAGAUGUCUUAUAGAAACCUUCUCAAAGCCAGAUGUCAAGUGUGCGUUUGGCAACUUUUCUAAGCAGCUUCGAGACAUGAACCCUCCACUGACACACAUUUCCACAACAGACAUAGUGCUGGUGGCCUCAUGCGUGUGGCUCGUGCUUUUAGUAGCAUUCCUGUAGAAGUGUGGUCUGUACCAUGGAAGUUCAAUAAAGACUCAGAACUGGUGUUUUA